AUGAAGCUUCUUCUGGCCGUUUCUUUCUGCUUCCUUUUGUUCGCCGCCUUCGCUUCGGCUGACGCUCAACAAGGAAAUGCUCAGCAGUUCGAGGAGGACAGUCUGGCUCACAAUCCCGACACCGAACAGUAUGUUUCAACUUCAUUUUCACAGUUCCUGAACUCUGCAACUAUCUGAUUGGAUCCUAAUCCGUCUGUCUUUCAGUGAUCGACCAAAACGCCAGUUCGGCUAUGGCAUGGGAUACGGAAUGGGCUAUGGAAUGGGAAUGUACCGUCCGUGGGGCAUGUAUGGCAUGUACCGUCCCUGGGGAAUGAUGCCCUUCAUGAUGGGCCGAUAA